AUGGGUCUCUCCGACUUUUUCUCUGACGUCGUCUCCUCCUUCGGCUUCACCGAGGCCCAGGCUGAGGCUCCCGCUCAAGACACCGAGACCGAGACCACCACCCAGGACGAGCCCGCCCAGAAGGAGGAGCCCGCCUCCGAGAGCGCUGAGACCGAGUCCGCCGAGGAGACCCCCGCUGAGGAGACCGCCACUGAGGAGGCUCCCGAGGAAGAGGAGGCUGAGGCCGAGGAGGAGGAAGAAGAAGAAGAGGAGGAGGAUGAGCCUGAGGAUAUCAAGCCCAAGCUCGAGGAGGAGUGCGCCCACUCCGCCGUCUGCGCUCCCUACAAGCACCACUACGAUGAGUGCGUUGAGCGCGUCACCCGCCAGGAGGAGGAUGAGGACUACAAGGGCCCCAAGGAGGACUGUGUCGAGGAGUUCUUCCACCUCACCCACUGCGUGACCGCCUGCGCUGCCCCCAAGCUCUGGAGGGAGCUCAAGUAA